GCUGGAAUUAGCUUCCGGCUGCUAAGACUGGAGCUUCUUGCGUGUGGAGAGAGUGAGAGCAGGCAAGCCGGCAGCGCAGGGACAGUGACAGCCGCACACACUCCCAGACAAGACUGGGUGUGGGACAUUGCCUGCGGAGCCUGGCAUCUUACUGGGGAUCAAUGCAGCUGUGCACUGAUGGGCUCCGGGGUUUAAUCCGAGAGGAGACGUCUCCAAUAGCUGUUCCCGGCGCUGUUAUGUUCUGACGGUCCACCAUGGGCAGGCGCUAUCCAGGUGCAUCCUACAGGCCAAGCACUUCAUAUUUCUAACUUUAUCCUAAAUCCUGAUCCAUUGCUGACGCCCUUGUGAUCCAUGUCUGAAGCCAUGCAAGUUGAUUCGGGUGUGGACACCCUUCCAGUGUUUAUGGCUAGCCACAGUGCGACAGACAUUGUGAAUCGAAAUGGUCCACUUAGCCCUCCAAACACCUUGAACUUGCGCUCAUCCCAUAACGAGUUGCUGAAUGCAGAUGCGAAGCACACUGAACCAAAGAGCAACACUCCACCAAAAUGCAGAAAAAAAUACGCACUGACCAAUAUUCAGGCAGCUAUGGGCUUGUCUGAUCCUGCAAGUCAGCCUCUUUUGUCAAAUGGUUCUCCAAACAUUAAAGUAGUGAAGAAUGGAGAAAAUCAGCUGAGGAAGGCAGCCGAACAAGGACAGGAUCCCAACAAAAAUGUAAGCACAGAGGCUGGUGUCAACAGAAUUUCAGAGAAGCUGGAAGGGAGAGAAGUAGUUCCAGAUGAGAUAGGAAGCAGUGAAAUUGCACCAUUACUUCCUAGAAGAACCAAGAGCUUCCUCAACUACUAUGCAGAUCUAGAAACAUCUAGAGAUCUGGGGCAGGGACUUGGUAAUGGCCACUCAGUGAAGCAAGAGGAAAACUCUACCUGGAUCAGCGGCCACGGAUCUGGCAUAAUAGCCAAUGGGGAAGUGUUGCCCACAAAAUUGAACAAGACACCAAGUCCAGAGGACAGUCAGGUUCCCACAGUAUCAUCCAGUCCAGAAACUAAGAAGGACCACCCAAAAACUGGCGCAAAGACAGACUGUGCUUUGCACCGCAUUCAGAACCUGGCGCCUAGUGAUGAAGAUUCAAGUUGGACAACGUUAUCCCAGGACAGCGCUUCACCAAUAUCACCUGAUGAAACAGCUGACAUAUGGAGCGACCAUUCAUUUCAGACAGAUCCGGAUCUACCACCUGGCUGGAAGAAAGUCAAUGACAUUGCUGGGAUCUACUACUGGCAUAUACCAACCGGUGCCACCCAGUGGGAACGCCCUGUGUCAGCGCCGACAGAUCUUCCUGCAUCACGAAAGGGAUCACUCAGCUCUCUCACAUCAUCUCCUACUCCAGAGAAUGAGAAACAGCCAUGGAGUGAUUUUGCUGUUCUGAAUGGGGGAAAGAUAAAUGUUGACAUUUGGAAGGACUUGCACGCAGCCACGGUCAACCCAGAUCCAAGUCUAAAGGAGUUUGAAGGAGCCACAUUGCGAUACGCUUCGUUAAAGUUAAGAAAUGGCCCUCAGUCUGACGAAGAGGACUCAUCUAGUAUUAACAGUGACCCAGAAGCCAAGUGCUUUGCAGUGCGGUCAUUGGGUUGGGUGGAAAUGGCAGAAGAAGACUUGGCUCCGGGGAAAAGCAGUGUUGCUGUGAACAAUUGUAUCAGGCAGCUGUCUUACAGCAAGAACGACAUCAGAGACACCGUUGGCAUAUGGGGAGAGGGGAAAGACAUGUACCUGAUUUUGGAGAACGACAUGUUGAAUCUAGUGGACCCAAUGGAUCGAACACUAUUACAUUCUCAACCCAUUGUCAGCAUCCGAGUGUGGGGAGUGGGCAGAGACAACGGCCGGGACUUCGCUUAUGUUGCAAGAGACAAAGAAACAAGAAUUUUAAAAUGUCACGUGUUCAGAUGUGACACGCCAGCGAAAGCGAUUGCCACUAGUCUCCACGAAAUCUGUUCUAAGAUUAUGGCAGAAAGGAAAAACGCCAAAGCCACUGCUUGCAGCUCAUCGCAGGAGCGGCCACACACGAGCCUGGAUGUGCCAUUGCAAGUAGAAUUCCCAACACCAAAGACAGAACUCGUGCAGAAGUUCCAUGUCCUGUAUCUGGGUAUGUUGGAAGUCUCCAGGCCUGUAGGUAUGGAUAUUGUAAAUGAAGCCAUUGAAACGCUUAUGAACCCCUCGGACAAAGAAGACUGGACACCAGUAAUUCUGAAUGUGGCUGAUGCGACUGUCACAGUCAUCAAAGAAAAGGAUGAAGAAGUCCUGGUGGAGUGCAGGGUUCGCUUCCUGUCCUUCAUGGGAGUCGGGAAGGAUGUGCACACAUUCGCUUUCAUUAUGGACACCGGGAAUCAGCAUUUUGAGACUCAUGUUUUCUGGUGUGAGCCCAAUGCCGGGAAUGUCUCAGAGGCUGUUCAGGCUGCUUGCAUGUUACGGUAUCAGAAGUGUUUGGUCGCCAGGCCUCCCUCCCAGAAGCCUCAACCACCUCCUCUUCCUGCAGACUCUGUGACCCGGAGAGUCACGACCAGCGUAAAACGUGGGGUCUUGUCCCUUAUUGACACUUUGAAACAGAAACGCCCCGUCGCUGACAUGCCAUAGUAGGGGUUAAAAAAAUCUAGAUCCUUAAACACAUCGUUUGGACAUCUUUACUGAAACGAAAGAUUAUAUCGCAGCUCAGCCUUCCAUUAAACGGCUGCUUCCUCUUCAGACAAUUUAACUUUAUCCAAUGUGUGACAAGCAUGUUCCUGUUCUACGACAUCAUGGCGUACUACAAAAGAAGCAUGAAUAUAGAUAUAUCUACUCAUCGGUUUUUUAAUGUUCUUUCUCCUGCCGCCUGUCAGUGGUUCUCAUUACAUGCAUUGGAUGUUCCGAGUUGUAAAUAAGAUGAGGGGAUUGUAACAAGAUGACAUUUUCUGCACUGCAGAUGCUGAAUGCUAUGGAGCCCAUCAAUGUAAAGGAUUAAUAAGUGUCCCAUAGCUCACUGGCUUAAAGAAGUGUAAACAGAACCAUCCGGGUUUAUUAUCAUAAAAAAGGCUAUUUUGGAUAACCAUAA